AUGGCGUUUACAAGAGAAGAAGCUUUUGAUCGCGUCCAACUCAGAGACCUUAAACACAGGGUCUUUGAUUUUGUGAAAAAAGCAUAUGUGAUUGUGAAUGAUCCUUCAACAGAUUCAAUGAUCUUGUGGGGUCCCAACGGCAACAGUCUCAUAGUGCAGAGACCUCUUCCCCUAGAAUAUACUGAAUUCUUUCUUUUCCACUCUGGAGCUCUAAGCAUGGAGAGAUUUGUAACUUAUGGUUUUACAAUGACUGUCUCUGGAUCACAAGUGGAAUAUGCAAAUGAUGAUUUUGUGAGAGGUCAACCCGAACGUUUAGAAAAGAUAUGUGAACCCUUUGUGGCAAGGUUGAAACAAGAUAAUGAGUUACGGUUAAAACUAAAUAAUGGUGAGCAUCCUAUAUUGGAAUUUGAUGCUGGUUGGGUUCUUAUCCAUGUGGUAGAUGAUCCUGCAACGAACUCAUUCAUCUCGUGGGGAUCCAAUGUGGCGCAGCGUAUCAACGGUAACUCAGCUCAAAUCUAA